CUUCCUCCUGCCGUCCGCUCCGCAGCAGCAGCAGGACAGAGGUAGCUCAGUUUUUGAAGCCGUGGCAUGAAUGAUCUCAUCUGAACCUGAUCUCCGCUUUCCCUGCCGUCGAUCCUAUGACCGAGACGGGAAUAAAAUAACACAAACACGAGAGAGACAACAUGUUCCCGAAGGGCACCAAGCGCAAGUUUUCAGACUCCGGGGAGGAGCCGGCCUCCGGUGGCGACCAGGGCCCUGCAGCUCCGUCUGCGGCAGCUCGGACGCUGUCGUCCUCUUACAGUCUGCAGCGGCAGUCGCUGCUUGACAUGUCGCUGAUCAAGCUGCAGCUUUGCCACAUGCUGGUGGAGCCCAACCUGUGCCGUUCGGUGCUCAUCGCCAACACGGUGCGGCAGAUCCAGGAGGAGAUGACCCAGGACGGCACCUGGCAGAUCAUGACCCAGGCCCUGGCAGCCGCCCAGUGUCCGGCCGACCGCCUGGUGGCCACCGAGGUGCUGUGCAGGCAGACUGACGCUGCAGCUCAGGCCGGGCAGAGCCCGAAGCCCUUCUCGGUGGUCGGCCUGGAGGAAGGCUACCACGCGGAGGAGGUGGUGAUGGAGGGAGACGUGGAGACAGAGGUCACCAUGUCCACUUUGUCCCCCGUCUCCCCCCAGCUGUCCUCGGCCUCCUACCUGGCGGGGCCCUUUGGCAUGGGGCCCUGCUGGGAGGAGGAGGAGGAAGACGGCGAGUGCGAGGAGGACGAAGAGGAGGACAGCGAGGAGUGUGUGUCGGAGGGCGAGGAGGCGGACCGGGACCACCUAAGCGCAGACUCCAGGACAGGGGAGCAGGUUUUUGGGACUUUUGAGAUCAAGCACCCGGCGCCGCCCCCUGACCCUGCACUGGAGGAACUGUUUUCAGACGUGGACCCGUCCUACUAUGACCUUGACACGGUGCUGACAGGCAUGCAGAGCACCCCCAAAAUGGGGCCUUACGACCUGCUGGAGAGCCUGUCCUCUCACGGGCCCACCGCCCUGAGCUCCAGCUCAAGCUGCAGGUCAGACCUGAACGAACUGGACCACAUCAUGGAGAUCAUAGUGGGAUCCGCGGAGGCGGAGGCCGGACGGGCGGCUCGGCGGGCCAAUGCGCUCCGGCCGUGCGCUUCGGAGCUCCCCGCCCACCCCCCCGGUCCUCGGUGCUCGGUGCUCUGCCUCCUCCNCCCCCGGUCCUCGGUGCUCGGUGCUCUGCCUCCUCCUCCUCCUCCACCACCACCUCCUCCUCCGUGGACCGACCGAACAUUCCUCUCCACUCCGGGGCUCCGCAGCGCAGGAACGCAGCGACGGAGCGACACCGAGCCGAAGACACGACGACGGAUCCGCGCAGCUCAUGACACUCUCCAAGGACGCGUAAGGUCAAUGUUGGGUCGAGGUGUGAAGCGGAAGUGGAGCUGCCUGGAGGAGGCCGAGGUCGUCCCCGAGGCUGCCGUGACGGAGGACAAGCAGCAGAAUGAGGAGGAGGACGGCGAGGACGGACUCCUGGGCCCGUCCAGGUCCGACAUGAGCCGGCUGCAGCAGCGCCAGCUGGUCCUGGGCCUCUGCUUGGAGAAGCUGCAGCGCUACCAGGUGGGGAUGGAGCUCAGCCUGCGGCGCUCGGUGCUGCUCAUCAACACGCUGCGGCAGAUCCAAGAGGAGAUGCGCAGUGAUGGCGCCGGGAGCUGCGACCCGGACGUCCUCCUUGGCGGCGUCCACCCCGACUCCUGCCUGCUCAGGGACGACUUCAGGGAGGACAUGCCGCUGACGUGUCCCGGCUGCACAGAGGGAGACGGGGAAAGUCCGCCGGCGUCCCCAGAACUCCCGUCUCAGGAGGAGAACAGCUCCGACCAGCAGAAAUCUCUGCCUGCCGCCACCAUCAGUACUUUUAGCGAUGCGGUGGGCGCUGUGGGCUACCUGGGCGACCUCGCCCUGGACGAUAUCUUCGAGGACAUUGACACGUCGAUGUACGAGACGUCGGACCUGCCUUCUGCCUGGGCGGCCGGCUCUCUGUGGCCGCUCAGCGUGUCGCUGUGGCCCGAUGAGGACGCCAAGCUGCGACCUGCGAGCCACUCGUCAGCCGGCAGCCUGCAGUCGUGUCUCAUGGACCUGAACGAACUGGACCACAUCAUGGAGAUUCUGGUGAAAUCCUGAUCCCAGAGACGGACUCCUGAACUUGUUGCACACUCGGUGAACCGAAGAGCUGCUCUGCUGACCAACUCUGACUUGAGGUCGGAUUUUUAAGGUUCCAUCUGAUAAGUUUGGUUUAAACAGGAACCACUAAUGCGCCUCGAAUUAGACAUGAAACACUUAUGAUGGCAGACAAUCAUCUCAUAACGUUAGAAAAACAUCCACUGAGACACUUCAGUGAGCUGAUUAACAGUUCAGUCGACUGAGGGGCGAUUAUUCAUCAUUACUUUUGAUAAAUUAUUCAGUCGUUAUGCAACUUGCAAAGAAAAAAUGGAGAAUUUGCUGACUUUUGUGGCUGCUGUUCUCAUUUUUGGAAACAAAAUUAGCAAAACAUCUCCUUUUUUCUGACGUUUUAUCGACAAAACGACGAACAAAGCAAGUGACGGCUUAAUUAAAGAAAGUCUUUCCUGCUUUAAGCUGCAGCUCCACGUGCACAUCAGACAGAAUUAACUGAUUCAUAGUUCAUCAUUCAGUUUGAUCCUUGAUUAGUCAUUUAGCUUCCAAAACAAAAAUGCACAAAAAAAAAAAAAGUGAAGAAUUUGACGCUUUUCUCUGUCACUAUUCUCUUUUUAAGUUGACUUUUGGACUCAAAAACAAAAUUAGCAAGUGAAGAAAUCUCCCUUUUCUGACAAAACAAUGAACAAAGUCGUAUAUUUGCGAAUUUAAACUGCGACUCCACGAGCAGAAAUUCUCAUUUCUCCUCUCGCAGGUUGUUAAAAACACACCAGGUAGGUCGUCGGCUUUAGAACUGGUUGUGUGAUGAGUCGCCGGUGAUUAAUCAGCAGUCGGGCGAGAUGGGACGUGAUGCGACACGCCAAAACUUUACUGCAACACGUGUGAGAGACGCUGUCACGGGUAGCGUCGCACCGACCGACGCCGUCGACACGUGGAACGGCGUUUCAGGGUAAUUUGGUGAAACUGUGGAACCUUAAAUCUCCGAACCUCGAAGUGUUUGUGUCACUUUUCUCUCUUGAGUCGGAGUGAAAGCAGCAGCAGCAGCUCUGAGGAAGAAGCAACCUGAGCCGCCGUAGUUUGUGCGUCACUCGGCCUGUUGGAUCAGUCCCGGGUUGAUUAUUAAUUGAAAUCCCUUCAAUUACUUAAGAGGGCGUACUUCAGCAGGCAGCCGGGAGGGCAGCAGGCCCGGCUUUGCUUUCAGCGCCGGGACCGAACGGCUCCUUCAAACUGAAACUGACAUCAGGUGGAAGUCUGGCUGUCUGUCUUUGUGUUUAUUUGGUUGUUUGUGAGGAGGACGUUGGGGGGGAAAAGGCUGAAAUGUCGCUUUUUGUCUAAUAUUAUUCUUAUUUAUGAAUGAAAAAUCAAGCAGAAGCAGAUGUUCUGUGGAGCCGACUGCUCGGGUGUGAGUGUAACUUAUAAUUUAGUUUCUUUACGACCUUUGACCUGCAAACAGUUGACGCCUGAAGAAGAAUUAACCUUUUUUGUUUUUCCCCCUCUUAUCGGCAGCUUGUGUUAAUAAAUCGGACGCAGCGUGAAAUAUGUAUUUUAAAAACAGCAACGCAAUGUGGCCGAGGAGCUGAUCGCCUCGAGUCGAGCCGUGUCUCAAAAUUGUAAACGACAACAGAAGCCUGUGUGUUUUUAUGAGUUUUUAUCGCCACGUCGGGACGUUUUAUAGCGGGUUUUGUAGGCGUUUGUACACGAGACUCGAAUUGCACGCUCGACCUUCGCUCGUUUGCGGUUUACUCCCGUUUCUACCUCCUGGUUGUUGUUGUUAGUUUACCUGGACACUCCUGUUUUUUUUACACUGUGAGCCAUGUACAGAUAGAAACAAGCAUUUUUUUAACGCUUUCCUGUCCGACCAAAGCGAUCCGUCCUCAUCUCUUGCUGACGACGUGCCUUACUACUGAGUCUGACGUUUUUUUGUGGAGCUUCAUUGAUGAAACGAGCUACUGCGAGGUGUUACGUAAAAGCGCCCGAAAAGCCACGACUGUCACCGUUUCUUUCCUCCUCUUGGCCUUUUUUUUUUCUGCCUGCGCUCGCCGAACACUGCAGCCAUAUGAGCUUAAUGUAUCCUGACAGGCUGACAGCGAACUAGCUGAGGGAGGAGGUGGCAGCGAGGGCCGGGAGGGAAAAAUAAGAGGAGGAGGAGGACGAGGAGGAGGAGGAGGAGGGUGGGAGGAAGCGGUUUGCGUCACUUGUUCAGGAGGAGGAGUUUGCAGCUUGUUUUUGCUCAGACUCAGACCACCGACCAAUCGCACGAGACCUGCGAGUAGCACACCGCUGCUCCGACAACAACUUGUUUUGCGCAGACACACAAUCAGUUUCAGCCUGUGAAACAAAACCACUUUUUCUGUUUUCUAUUUUCACUUAUGUAAAUCUGUAAUGUGCAGGACUGAACACAACGAAGCAGGAGGUUGUUAUUUAUAAUUGUAUGAGCGUGUCAGGAGGGUCUUUAAAAGCACAAGCUGUAUGUUGUUGAUUAAGUGUAACUGAAGGAUGUGUUUGCUGGGUAAUGACAUGAUAAUUCAUUGUAUUUUUUUCGUGGAAUAUUUUAUAGAUUUUAUCCAAUAAUACAGAAAAAAAAAAUACCCAAA